GGCUGGUUCCUUUGAGGAGAAUCUUUUCUAUGAUCAGACCCGAAUCAUGUCAUGCAUGAAUAGGCUUCGUAAGAUCUAGUAGAAUAAGUGAUGUGGCAUGAUCCAGAUUAUGUUCUAUCUAUUCCACUUCCAUUUAUUUAACUUAUAGUAGGGAAUGCAUUCAUUUCCCCUGCAUCGACCCCGAUCUAUGAUACUAUCGGAGUGAAACACGGGAUCUAAGGAAGAAUCGAGGCUAGACUUUAUUAGUAACAAGUAAAUCCUUUGUACGUAAGAAGACUCUAAAAAACAAUAUUGUGCAUCAAUUACAAGGUAUGAGACAAUCCAAAAAGCAUUUGAUCAUGAUCGAUGUAAGCCUACUUGGGUAUUGAGCAUUUAUUUGUACGAACAUAGUUUCCUGGAUGGCAUAUGGAUUUUAUAUGAAUCCAUUUCAUUCCUUUGAUUAUUGCUCGAGCUGGAUGAUGAAAAAUCAUCAUGUCCGGUUCUUUCGGGGGAUGGAUCCAUAAGAAUUCACCUAUCCCAAUAACAAAGAAACCCGACUUGAAUGAUCCUGUAUUAAGAGCAAAAUUGGCUAAGGGGAUGGGACAUAAUUAUUAUGGGGAACCGGCAUGGCCUAAUGAUCUUUUAUAUAUUUUUCCCGUAGUAAUUCUAGGUACUAUUGCAUGUAACGUAGGUCUAGCGGUUCUAGAGCCAUCAAUGAUUGGUGAACCGGCAGAUCCAUUUGCAACUCCUUUGGAAAUAUUACCCGAAUGGUACUUCUUUCCCGUAUUUCAAAUACUCCGUACAGUACCCAAUAAGUUAUUGGGUGUUCUUUUAAUGGUUUCGGUACCAGCGGGAUUAUUGACAGUACCCUUUUUGGAAAAUGUUAAUAAAUUCCAAAAUCCAUUCCGUCGCCCAGUAGCUACAACAGUCUUUUUGAUUGGUACGGCAGUAGCCCUUUGGUUAGGUAUUGGAGCAACAUUACCUAUUGAUAAGUCUCUAACUUUAGGUCUUUUUCAAAUUAAAAUAGAUCUUGAAAUACUAAGGUAAGGCGGGAUAUUACGUAUGUAUCUAGUUAGGCAUACUUCAAAGUUUAUCCUCCUAGAUACAUCUCUUUCAUUUGAUUAUAGAUCUAUUCUGAAGAAUCCACGAAUACAGACUAUGCUGAAGAUUCAAAACAGACUUUGUUUUUGUUUCUUCUUUUUUCGUUAGUGUGUAUAUUUUAGUGUGUAUAUUGAUUAUAUAUUACAAAUUAUUAUUCAAUUCGAAUUGAAUAAUAAUUUGUAAUAUAUAGGAA